AUGGGUCGAACGGAUCGUCGGGUCGACUGGUACCUGUUAGAGAUGGGAGCCGCCAAGGUCGAGGAGGAUGAGAAGGUAUGCAUCUUCUGCAUGAUUCUGCUGCACCUCAUCGUCGAAUAUGUGGACCUCGUAUCCCUCAACGCCAUUACAGUCUUCGCAGCGAGGUACUUUGUGAGCAACGCAUGA